AUGCUGAUGCCACCCUGGUGUCCCAUCACCCCAUACAAGGGGAUAUUCAUUCUUGUUCUGGCUUUUGUUUUUCUGGAAUAUUUAUUCAACACCUUCUCAGACCCAAAAGAUGCUUUGUUCUUCAAUACUACUAGAAUUCCAAAACAUGGAAGAGAGUCUCGGCUAAAUGGCCCUCUUGCCAAAACACUCUUAUUCAAAAAUAAGACAAAUAAUUACACAAUAGGCAACAAUUCCAUCGUCACAGCAACGAAAAAUUAUUCAUAUAUGAGUUAUAUAGUAACGGAACCUCCAUUUUUGAAAAGAUAUGUAAACAAUUCUUCCAUCUCAUCAACAGUUCUUGAUAGUGUGUUCACCAUAGAAUCAGAAAACUCUUCAAAUUCGAAACCUGUGAAUAGUACUGCUCUACCUCUUUGUCCAGAUGAUGUUUCUUCCAAUUUAAGGGGCAGGCUGCCCAUAGUGCGGAGCCCCGUGCCCUCGGUCGAGCAGCUGGAGGGGCGCUUUGCAUGGCUGCGGCCGGGCGGGCACUGGCUGCCCGGACACUGCCGCGUACUGAAGCGGGUCGCCGUGGUGAUCCCGUACCGUUGUCGCGGGGAGCACUUGCUGGUCUUCCUGCAGCACAUGCACCCGUUCCUGCGCAGGCAGCAGCUGGACUACACGGUGUUCGUGGUGGAGCAGGACGGAGACGGGCCCUUCAACAGGGCCAUGCUGAUGAACAUCGGGUACACGGAGGCGCUGAACAUGAGCCACUUCGAUUGUUUCAUCUUUCACGACAUCGAUCUUCUGCCGGAGGACGACAGGAAUCUGUACACUUGUCCGGAGCAGCCGAGGCAUAUGAGCGUGGCUGUCGAUAUUUUCAAGUACAGAUUACCGUAUCCAGCAAUUUUUGGUGGAGUAUCGGCGAUAAGCACAGAACAUUUCAAGUUACUCAACGGUUUCUCGAAUUCAUUUUGGGGCUGGGGAGGGGAGGACGAUGACAUGUCAAAUCGUAUCAGGUUUCAUCACCUGCAUAUCUCCAGAUAUCCCUUGACGAUCGCCAGAUAUACUAUGCUGACCCACAAGAAGGAUAAACCUAGUCCAAAUAGGUACGAUGUUUUGAAACAAGGACAAAAACUUUUCGACAAGGAUGGUCUGAACAGUUUGAAAUACAAACUGGUUCUCAGAAAAUUGAAAUUGUUGUACACGUGGAUCCUGGUGGCGUUCGUGUCCAUCUCGCAGAACGCUUCGCGGGUAUUAAAUACUGGGAUGUGCUUA